AUGAGUGAGACCGUGUUGAAUGUAAUGAAUUACGGUGCAAUUGGAGAUGGAAAAAGAGACGAUUCUCAAGCAUUUCUCAGAGUCUGGGAAGCUGCUUGCCAAACUACUCAUGUUCCAAGAGUGUUCAUCCCAAACAGAACUUUUCUGUUAAAGCCCCUCACCUUUUCCGGUCCUUGCAAAUCUUCCCUCAUCUAUUUUCAGAUAAUGGGGAAAAUUGUGGCUCCAAAUUCAAAAAAUGCUUGGUCGGAUCGACCCACGAAUACAUGGCUGUUCUUCUACGGAAUCAACGGGCUUUCUCUAUCCGGGUCGGGGCAGUUCGACGGGCAAGGGUCGAUUUGGUGGAGCAAUCCUUGCUUGCAUAAUUCUGCACAAAAUGCUGCUGGAAAGUGCAAGGCUCCAGCUGUGGUAACGUUUAAGAGAUGUAACAAUCUUAAAAUCAAUGGUCUGACUUCCAUCAAUCCAAUGAAUAAUCAUAUGCAACUAACAACUUGUAAAAACGUGACCAUUUCUCACAUUCGGAUAAACGCACCCAAAAAUAGUCCUAACACCGAUGGCAUUGAUAUUGCAAACUCCCAUUCGGUUAAGAUUCGCAAUUCAGUCAUAACUACAGGCGAUGAUUGCAUUGCUAUAAGUGGAGGCUCGUCGGAUAUAGACAUUAGCGGCAUAUUUUGUGGUCCAGGCCAUGGCAUUAGCGUGGGGGCAUUGGGACACGGAGGAUAUGAUGUUGUGGAAAACGUGAAAGUAUACAACUGUACAUUUAAAGAAACCUUAACCGGAGUUAGGAUCAAAAGUUGGCAGACAUCGGCGGUUAAAGUGAGUGACGUAUCGUUUACCUCAAUAGUUGGGACUUCGAAUAUGGAUCAAGUAAUAAACCUGAGUUGCAGUAAGUCUUUCGGAUGCACCAACAUCGUAUUAGAUCGUAUAGAUAUUUCGUUAGCAACAAAAGGGAGAAAGCCAUUUGCUACUUGCAUUAAUGCACAUGGGAAAGCUACCAAUACUAAGCCUGCAAUCAAAUGCUUACUUCCAUAG